GGGGGCAGCUUGCGGGCGGCUGAGGGGAAUGGGCCGAGGGCCGUGCUCCGGGCGCACAGGGAGGCUGCGGAGGUGAAGCCUCUGCUCCCUCGCCCGGCGGGAUGGAGGCUCUUGACGCCGCAGAGGACGUGUUUUAUGAGGAGGAGGAGGAGGAGGCGGCGAACUGCUACGAUUUCGAGCCUCUGCCGACGCUGCUGGAGGAUGAGGAGAAUGUGUCCCUUGCUGAUAUUUUGUCACUGCGGGAUAGCUGUCUUACUGAGCAAGAUAUUUGGGCAAUUUGCCUGGAGUGUUGCCAUUCUCUGAAGAGCAUUGCCCAUUCUGCAAUCUUCCAGACACUCUGCAUCACUCCUGACACUUUGGCUUUUAACACCAAUGGCAAUGUAUGCUUCAUGGAACAGCUCAGUGAUGAUCCAGAGGGUGCCUUUGUUCCACCAGAAUUUGAUAUCACCGGUAACACUUUUGAGGCACACAUCUACUCUUUGGGUGCAACACUGAAAGCAGCAAUAGAAUAUAUAGUAGAACCUGAGACAGAAUCAGAAUUUGGCCAAGAUCUGCACACUCUACUGGAACAAAUGCAAGAAGAGAAUCCUGAAAAUAGGCCAGAUAUUGAGAGCAUUUUGUCAUUAUGUGAAGAAAAAAUGAAGAUUGCUUCCUCAAGUAAUAUUUGUCGAAGCCUGUCUGCUGUUGGAAGAAGAGUUCUUUCAAUUGAAUCAUUUGGUGCUUCUCAAGAUGUCUGUGAUAGCAUGUGGAAGGGAAGAAUGUGUCAGAGAAGCUUGGGAUCUAAAUUGUAUUCAAAUGAGAAAAGCAACAUAGCAGGUGAUUCGUCUGCGGUGGAAGAUGUGACGACUACCUGUCAUAACAACUCUUCUAUAGUUACCAUGGUGACUGGCAGAGAAAGUGGUUUAAAGGAAAUGCAAAUUGAUCUGGAUAAUGAGAAAACUCAACAUUCUCAACUUGCAACUCAAAGUAAAAAGAGCAAAGAAGAGGACAAACAUGCAGUGUAUACUGACAGCUUUGCUAGUGUUGCUUUGGAUAUAAAAUCAUGUGUUAUUGACGUGGAGAGAGAUGGCAUUUUUAAGAAAGGUUCUUUGAGAAAAAUUAAAACCUUUCCAAAGCUACCACUUGAACCUGCAGAUACAAAUAACUUUUUUACAUCUGUAACCAACAGUGGACCACUAGCUAGGAAAAAUCACUUCCUAACACAAGAAUUACUACCUCUAGACAAUAAUAAUGAGGUUGCUUUUUCAAAGGGAAAUCUUAACUCAUUUGCUGUUAGUAGUCCACCAGAAACAGAACCAAAGAAUCACCAGGUUGAUGAUCGUCAUUUAGAAGCUCCGUGUGUAUGCACACAGGUGUCUGGCUUGAAUCUAGAAGAACAUAUGUCACUUAUUAAUGGUAAAAAGAUAGGUUUUGCUUCAUCUGAUCACAAAGAAGACUGUUCUGGUGCUACCUGUCAAAUGCUAACACCAGCUGGUAUGCUAAAAGGCCCAAAUCAGUCAAUUGCUGGAGCAAAAAUGCUAGACAAUUACCUGUCAUUGGAAGACUCUUCUGAAACUUUUCAAGGGUCAAAUGAAAAUUAUGUACCACAUUUUAACAAGAUGGAUGCGGUGUUAACAACAAAGCCCAGUGGGAACAGACAUGGAUCAAACCUAAUUAGGUCACCAGAAUUAAGCAACGGUGCGAUGAGUGCAAACAAUAAUGAAGAUAAUCUUUGUGGAGGCAGAGGUUCAGAAAUCAAAAGUAAUGAGCAGUGGAUCUCUCUAAAACUUCUCUUGUCCUUGCAUGGAAGACCUCUGAAAGACUAUGAACUCUGGGCAUUAUGUCAUGAGUGUUUAUGUGCUCUACAGACUUGUGUAGAUUACCCAGUGGUCUUAUGUUUGGACUCUGUGCUGAUUGACUGCCAUGGAAAUAUCCUCUUUUCUGCUCCAAAAGGUGAAGAAUCUUGUGAUGUAUUUUAUUUAGCUCCUGAAAUUGAAGAAGAGGAUGUAGAUACUGAGAAGGUCUGCAUUUAUGGUGUUGCUGCAGUUCUGUGGAUGGCUGCAAAAUACAGUGUUCCACCAGGUCAUAAACUAGUAUUGCCAAGAAAAUUAAAAAAACUACUUCUGGAUAUGGCAAGAAAAAUCCCUGAUGAAAGACCUUCUCUAGCUGCUGCAAUUAAGACAUGCAAUCAUUACUUACUUGAACAAGGUAUAAACAGCAAAAAUAUUUUGAUCUUAUUGAGUAAAUCUGUCUUUAAGGCUGUUGAGGAAGAAGUCUUGUCCCAAGAUCAUGUUGCUUUUGAACUGAAAAAUGAAAAGCAUGAAAUAGAAACAGACUCUUCAGAGUCAAGUCUAGGAUUUGUGCCUUUUACCAGUGAAAGUAAACUUGUAGCAGUUCAAGGACCAGUGCCAUGCCAGAUUUCACUAAAUUGUGAGAUAGCUAAAUUACCUGUUGCAUUCACCUCUCCUGCAACUCACUUUAAGCCUAUUAUUCUACAACAAGAUGCAAAUAUAACAAAAGAGGUUCACACACCAGUUUCUGAGCAAUUCAAGAAAGAGAAAAGAAGAGAAAACCAUAUGGACCACAACAACUCAGGAUAUGCAGAAGACUCUAAACGCUGUGGUGUUGAGUACACAGAUGUUGUUGAAAAGGCACCUGAAACACCUGAGUGUGAUUUACAAGUUCCAGGCCACUCAUUCCAGUUAUCUGCAGAAGAGCAAAAAUCAGGCAAUACAUUUACUUCUUCGGUUACAUUACCAUCACUGUCUGAUUCCUCACAUAUUCUACAAGGAAAGAGCAUUUUAUCUGAAGAUCCUUCCAGCUCCUUAGCUUGUCCUACAUCUCCUAAUUUUCUUCAUAUAAAUAACAUCAUUCUCAAACAGGACUCGGAGAGAAGAGUGUUGACAUUUGUACCAGUACAUUUAGCUGUAUCAGAGCAAAUACAAAAUAAGCCUCUUCGUUCAAGAAUUGCUUAUGAUUGUUAUCACAGUUUGCCAGUGUUACUUUCAAGUACUAUUGCAAGUUAUAAAAUGAGCAUGCAAGCAGAAGAUGCCUCCCUUGGUAAUGUGCAAAAUCAUGAGACUACUAAUACACAGAACGAGUUUGAUGAAAGAAGCUCAGUUACUCAAACCAACUGCCAAGAAACUGUGUGUGCUACCAAUGUAGACAGUAUUUUCACUGAACAAGAGCACACACCAUGUACCUCAGUGAAUAAAGACAAUUAUAAUUUCUUUGAUGAUAAAGUGCUACCCCAUCAGAACAGAAAAAGUGAUGCUUUACUUCAGAAAGUGAUUCAUCUUAUACAAGAGGAGUUUGCAUUUGAUGGCUAUCUAGAGAAUGGAGUUGAGGUUUUUGAUAUGGGUAACUUCAUUUUAAACUUAAAGGAAAUGAAGUUUGGUGUGUUCUCUGAUAGAAUUUGUGAGAAGUUUUGUGACCUAUAUUGGGAUGAAAAAUUACUAGAGAAUCUCUAUAACGUAGUAAAUGGAGAAAGAUCUUCACACUUAUGCAUAACUGAGGCAAGUGAUACAAAUUGUGGCAAAAUAGUCCAAGAUCUGAAGAAAUCCGAAAGCUUUUUGGCAAGCAGUGACCAGACAAAGGAAAAAGGGGAAGCAAAUCUUGAUGUGAAGGCUGAGCCUCUGAUAAAUACAUCAUUAGUUGAAAUGGAUUUUGAUGAGUCACCUUCAGACAAUAUCAAAAAAGAACUGAGACUGCAGAGUACUAUCCCCACAGAGAAAGAGGGACAAAGUCUGCAAAGCAACAGCUGUUGUAUUGGUCCAGACUUGGCAGAAGAAAAUACAGGGCCAGAGGAAGAAGCCAUGAUAAAGACAGCUGGAAACAGCUACCUAGCAUCUCCCAGUCUACCUGACUUUAAUGGCUGUAGUCCUGGUUGGAGCAGUGCCUUUUAUGGAGCUGAAUGUUUUGAUUCAGAAGUUCAUAGUUACUUGAAAAACCUUGGAAAGCAGAAAUCAAGUGAGUCACAAAAUAUAGAUGCUAAAAAAGUGGAACUAGAACAAUUGCUAAUGAUGGAAACAAAAAAUUACAGAAAGACUAUAAAGUUUUACCAGAAACUAUUGCAGAAAGAAAGAAGAAGCAAAGGUCCUGAAACUAAAUCUAUGUUGCCCAAAUUGAGAGGACAGCUACAGGAGAUGAAAUCAAAAGUGCAAUUUCUUGAACUGGUAAAGAAAUAUGUUCAGAUGAUGUAUGCAGAGCAGUGGGGUGUGGAAUCCUGUGUGCUGCCUACAGUCAUUCACAACGGGAAAACUGACACCAUGGACAUGGCAUCUAUGGAUGAAUCGUCAUUGCUUCUUUACUAUAACACAGAGAAACACCAGUGUAAUAAUCAAAAUGGAGUAAGAGUUCUACAGGCUGGUACACCACUUGGUUUAAUGGCUUAUUUAUAUUCUAGAAAUGCAUUUUUAGAAGGUUAUGUACAGCAGUUUCUCUACACAUUUCGCUAUUUCUGCACACAAGAAGAGUUUUUGCAGUUUCUUCUUGAUAGAAUCAGCAGCACUUUAUCCAGUGCAAGCCUGGAUCCUUCCACACCACUUACCAAAAUAUGUAACCGCAGUUUCUACAUCCUGCAGGCUUGGAUUGAAGACUGCUAUAGUGUAGACUUUGCAACAAAUACUGGUCUUCUGUGUACCCUAAAAGAAUUUAUUUCUUCCAAGGUUGCUUCAUUAAAUGGCUAUGGUGAGAGAUUGUUGUCAUUGCUUGAGGAUGCCUCUGCCAGGAAAAGUGGCAGUGCUGAUCAGUGCUCCAGCAUGGACAAAUGUGAAGAGGAAGGUGAGGAGGGCAGAAAAACAUUACAUUCCCUAUGUAAAAAGCUCUCAGAAGACGUUUCCAGAAAGAACUUUUACUGGAAGCUAUCCAAAGGUGUGGGACCAAUUGCACAACAUCAGAGAGAGCGGCUGCACGCUGGUUCAGUAGUUUUGCCAAAGCCAUGCAGUGUAACAGAAGCUAAAGCAGAUGCAGUGGGACCGUAUCUCUUAACAGAGUACAGUGCACAACAGCUUUGUUGGCAGCUGACAUUACUGCAGCAGGAAGUAUUUCUAAAGUGUCAUCCAGUACACUUUCUAAAUUCAAGAGCACUUGGUGUUAAAGACAAAUGUGUUGCUCUGCAAAAGGCAGUUUCUACUGAGACAGUUUCACUUAAAGUCUGUAAUCUGUUUCUGUCAAAGUGCAUACAAGACCAGUAUCUUCUGCAAUUAUUAAGAAAUGCAGACAGUAUCAGCACCUGGGUUGCUGCUGAAAUUGUAACAUGUCACACAACUAAGCGGCAGGUGAGCUUGCUAUCAAAAUUCCUUCUUAUAGCAAAAUACUGCUAUGAACAAAGAAAUUUUGCUACUGCAAUGCAAAUCCUAGCAGGCUUGGAAAAUCUUAUUGUACGACAGUUACCAGCCUGGAAAAUUUUACCUGCAAAAGUAGCUGAGAUAAUGGAGGAACUCAAAGCUGUUGAGGUAUUUUUAAAAAGUGACAGCUUAUGCUUGAUGGAAGGAGACAGAUUCAAAACUCUUCCAACAAUUCCAUCAGCCCAUGUUUUGGCUAUGCAUGUCCAACAACUUGAAACUGGAGGAUUUACAAUGACAAAUGGAGCUCACAAGUGGACUAAACUUAGAAAUAUUGCAAAAGUUGUGAGCCAAGUUCAUGCAUUUCAAGAGAAUCCUUAUACAUAUACACCAGAUUUCAAGCUGCAGUCUUACCUCAGACAAAGAAUAACUCAUUUUAAAGACGCAGACAUUUCUGCCUUGGCAGCUGACAACUGUGCCAACUUCCACCAGAUACCAGCAGAAAAACAUGCUCGAAAAAUUCAGGACACACUGCGCAGGAUGAAAGCAACAUUUCAGUAAUUAUUUAUGUUUCAUCUGUUCUAUUCCAAGUCUUGACUGUAAAACUGGAUUAAGUUGACUGGACCAAUUCCCAAGCAAAUACUUAAGAGAAGUGACUUAAAAUACUAUCUCAAGUUAAAAUUAUUAUAUUUCUUAACAUGGAAUUAUCAAAUGCUGACUAAUCAGAUUUGAAUCACUGGCAACAUGAUGGCAGAUCAGAAGAAUAAAAAUAGACAUAAAAGUAAAGGGAGAGUAUAUAUGAAAAGGAUUGUUACUUUUGUCACUAUUCUUUAGCAUAAAUAAAUAAUUAGCCUGAAAACAAAUAUCUAAAAAAUACUGUGGAAAUAAGUUAAAAUUACACUUCUGUUGAAAAGUUGGACUAGGAGAGUUCAGAGUAUAGUUCAUUAAAUGUUGAAUAUAUUUUUAUAUAGACAUACUACAAUUAUAUCCUGUCACAGCAUGCAUUUAAUUCAUGGACACAGAUCUUCUGUUAUUCAUUGACUGUUGGUGUGUCUUGCUUUUAUGUUGAGUAUUAUGAAAAUACUGACUUAAAUAAUUGACUGUCUAUUUCUUGAAGCAUACUAAGGAAAGAAGAAUGCUUUCCUUCAACUUUUUUUUUUGUUUGGCUUUAAUGUCAUUAGACUAACAUGCUUCCAAAUGAAAGUAAGAUCUGAAUCCAAGUAAUAGCAAUUUGUUGCUCUGCUUCUGCACUCAUGGCAUUGUGAAGACAGUAAAUGUGAAAUUGUUUUUUAAUCUGUAUUUGGCAUAAGAGUCACUUGGCCAAUUUAUGUAUGUCUGUAUGUGUGCACAUUUGACUAUGGCAUUUGCUCCUGAGGUUGCUUUUGUAGUUGCAGCACUCCAGCAGCAUUUAAUAGAAGAUAACUGUGUGAAAUUUGGAUCUGCAACCUGUAAAACUUUGGUGCUAACCUAGUCAUAGAGCUUAUAAGACCUUCUAAAUGACAAUGAAAUGGGUUGCUAUUGCUAGAAAAUUUGUUGAGCUACCCAGCCAAAAUGUUAAGGCUACAGAUAGAUUACAAAUAUUUCUACUGGAGGGAACAAUAGUAGUGUUGAAAGAGAGGUAGGGAAGGGCAAAAAGACCAACAAAAUAAACCCAAAAUAAGCACUGUCCUGAGAGUGAUUUGCAUAGAACUGUGUUUAAAAAGAAAAUGUUUUCAGAGAUGGGCAGAUACGAACUAAGUGUCUUGUCAUGUGUUAGUGGUGGGGAAGCGUAAUGAUGUUAGAAAUGGGAACGUGCACAUGUCUAGUAUUUUGCAAAUGGUACUGUUGUAUUUGACAGAAGUGCAUGUGCACAUGUUAAAUUGUAGCUUUCUCAGUGUUUAAGAGGAAAGCAUCUCCUUUUCUCUUGUCAAUAACAGCAAUAUAUACAUCACAGGCCUCUCUCGUCUUUCUAAGUAAAAAAAAAGAUAUGUCAAUACUUUACAUUAAAUACCUCAUUUACUUUCCCAUACUAAUACAAUAAUACUGAUUUUUGUCUCUUAUUUGUUUAAAUACUGGAAAUCUCAGUCCUCAACAGGGUUUUCUUGCUUUUGUUCUACUUUUAAUAUGAUUUAUUAUGUUAUCUAUCAUAUGUAGGUUUAACAUGUCAUUAAUAACAGUGUUCUGACUUACUCUUAAGGAAUAAAAUUCUGUUGCUAUUUCUCUAAAUAUUGCCAAAUGUGAAAACAUUUAAUCUUUAUCUUAUAACUUUAUAUAAUACAAUGAUUUAAGAAUGUCAAUGAAAACCUUAUCUUCAGAAAUAUUUCAUAUAUUUUAUCUGUGUGCAUUUAUUUUAAAUAAUUGUUUUUAUUAGUAGUUAUUUGGGUUUCUCUCAAUUAAAAAUUACCAUUCACCUAAAGCCACGCCUUGCCUUUAAAAGACAGUGAAAUUUUAAGUAGCAUAAGCUUUACUAAUGUAAAGAACCCCACGAAACUUGCGUCACAUGAUCUUAAUAAAUGCAUUUUAUAUAGUUACCAGUCA